AUGCUAAAAUUUAUCAUCCCCACAAUCAUACUAAUACCCUUGACCUGAUUAUCAAAAAAUAACUUAAUCUGAAUCAACUCCACAACCUACAGUCUAUUAAUUAGCUUCACAAGCCUACUCCUCCUUAACCAACUCAAUGAUAACAGCCUUAAUUACUCCCUAAUUUUCUUCUCCGACCCCCUUUCCACCCCACUUCUAAUAUUAACAAUAUGACUCCUUCCACUAAUACUAAUAGCAAGCCAAUCUCACCUCCUAAAAGAACCACCCGUCCGAAAAAAACUCUACAUUACAAUACUAAUUAUACUACAAGUCCUUCUAAUCAUAACAUUCACCGCCACCGAACUAAUUCUAUUCUACAUUAUAUUCGAAGCUACGCUAAUCCCCACCCUUAUUAUUAUUACCCGCUGAGGUAACCAAACGGAACGACUCAAUGCAGGACUGUAUUUCCUUUUUUAUACACUAGUUGGAUCCCUCCCACUAUUAGUAGCACUAAUCUACCUACAAAACACAACAGGAUCCUUAAAUUUUCUACUACUACAACACUGAGCCCAACCACUGUCCACCUCCUGAUCCAAUAUCUUCCUAUGAUUGGCUUGCAUAAUAGCCUUUCUAGUAAAAAUACCCCUCUACGGACUACACCUUUGACUACCCAAAGCACACGUAGAAGCCCCUAUCGCAGGUUCCAUGGUCCUUGCAGCCGUAUUACUAAAACUUGGAGGCUACGGCAUGUUACGAAUCACAUCCAUGCUUAACCCCUUAACAGAACACAUAGCCUACCCAUUCCUCAUGCUCUCCCUAUGAGGAAUAAUUAUAACCAGCUCUAUCUGUUUACGCCAAACAGACCUAAAAUCACUCAUCGCAUACUCCUCAGUCAGCCACAUAGCACUUGUCAUUGCAGCCAUCCUCAUCCAAACCCCCUGAAGUUACAUAGGGGCUACCGCCCUAAUAAUCGCUCACGGUCUCACAUCCUCUAUACUAUUCUGUCUAGCAAACUCAAACUAUGAACGUAUCCAUAGCCGAACCAUAAUCUUAGCCCGAGGCCUGCAAAUUUUUCUACCACUGAUAGCCACCUGAUGACUACUAGCAAGCUUAACAAACCUUGCUCUACCCCCAUCCAUCAACCUAAUCGGAGAACUAUUCGUGGUCAUAUCAGCCUUCUCAUGAUCUAACCCCACCAUCCUUCUAAUAGGAACAAACAUUGUAAUCACCGCUCUCUACUCCUUAUAUAUACUAAUCAUAACACAACGCGGCAAGCACACACAUCACAUUAAUAAUAUUACUCCCUCCUUCACACGAGAACAUGCCCUAAUGGCCCUACACAUCAUCCCCCUCCUACUCCUAUCACUCAACCCCAAAAUCAUCCUAGGCCCUCUUUACU